GUCGCCGCACGCCGAUGGCUGCGGGGUCUUGCGCCGCCGCAAGGUCCCCACAAGGCGAGCGACCCUCGGGCCCUGGGCGGCGGCGGCUGCAACGAGGAUAAGGAGGGCGGCGCGGAAAACGGGACGGCGUGGUCCGCAGUGGCCGCCCGGGCCGUGAGGAAGCAGAGGCUGUGGCAGCGACGCCUGCGUCCUGCGCGUACCCCCUCUCGGCGUAGCCGGCCCCCUCCUCCGCGGCGGCGCGGCCACCAUCUUCCUCUCGCUGCCAGUGGUAGCGCUCGUCGGCGGAGCUGGGCUGAAAGACACACAGAAGUCUUCAUGGAUAUAGUUGAUACAUUUAAUCAUUUAAUUCCUACUGAACACUUAGAUGAUGCCCUAUUUCUAGGAUCCAACCUGGAGAAUGAAGUCUGUGAGGAUUUUAGUACAAGUCAAAAUGUCUUAGAGGACUCGCUGAAGAACAUGCUCAGCGAUAAGGAUCCUAUGCUAGGAUCUGCAAGUAACCAGUUCUGUUUGCCUGUUUUGGAUAGCAAUGAUCCCAAUUUCCAGAUGCCUUGUUCAACAGUUGUUGGUCUUGACGAUAUUAUGGAUGAAGGAGUUGUAAAAGAAAGUGGCAAUGAUACCAUUGAUGAAGAAGAACUGAUUUUACCUAACAGGAAUUUGAGGGACAAAGUAGAAGAAAAUUCAGUGAGAUCACCAAGAAAAUCACCUCGUUUAAUGGCACAAGAACAAAUAAGAAGUUUGCGACAAAGCACUAUUGCCAAGCGUUCAAAUGCAGCACCUUUAAAUAGCACAAAAAAGGCAUCAGGGAAGACUGUGUCCGCCCCUAAAGCAGGGGUGAAACAACAAGAAAGGUGUCAGAUGAAAGAAGAAAUUGGUACAUCACCGAAACCCGAGCACCAGAAAGAGAGCAGGAGGGGCCGCCGACACAGUGGACAGAUCGAAGCAGCCGUUGCAUCUUGUCUGGAAAUGAAGGGUGAAGCUGGGUUGGAUUCUGAGCAGAAGUGUAAUAAUCAGGGAGAAGAAAAUGUGCCAUCUCAUGAGUUAAACUGUCCACUCCUUUCAGAGACUUGUGUUAGUAUUGAAGAAAAGAAAAAUGAAACUCUGAUGGAGUGUAAAGCCAAGACUGUUAGCCCAUUGUUUAAGUUUUCAGGUAAAGAAGAACAUGAACGGAACGAUUCCAUUUCAGGUAAAGUGGAUGGGACUGUUGUUGAAGAAAUGAAGGUAGAAGGAGAAGUUGAACAAGAAUCAAAGGAGACAAUGAAAUUACCCCACGAAGAUGACAGUGUCAAUGAGGAACCCGCAUCUUCCGUUACUUUCUCUGGCAAUGCUGCUUGUACAAACCCAAAUGAGAAAGAAAAGAACCUUGUCAGUUUGUCUGGUUCUGUGGAUGAAGUAAAUGAAUGUAGUUUGGAAUCGAAAGAUAGCGUGGAAGUUGCUGAUAAAGCUGAGAACUCCCUUCAGAGAAGUGAAAUGGAAAUGGCUUACUGUAAAGACACAGAGUCUGAUGAUAAGCCGUUGGAGGGCACCAGAUUUAAUAAAUCAAACUUAGAGGUGGUUAAUACUAGUGCUUUUGAACCAGAAAGUAGUAUUUUAGAAAAUGCUGUUUGUGAUGCACCUGACCAAAAUUCAAAGCAGUUGAAUAUUGUUGAAAGUAUUAAAAUGGAGUCUCAUGAAACAGCAAACCUUCAAGAUGACAGAGACAGCCAGUCAAAUAGUGUUUCUUGCUUAGAGUCAAAAAACAUAAAACCCAAACAUACAAAACCUGUAAUUCAUUCUAAGCAAACCAUGACCACAGAUACUCGGAAAAAAGUUGUUGGAGCAAAGCAUGAAUUAAUGCAUAACGUAACUAAAGUUAAUGUCAAAAGUGUGAAGCGAAAUGCUGAUGAAUCAGAAUCUAAGCAAAAUUUUCAUAGGCCAGUCAAAGUGAGAAAGAAACAAGUUGAUAAGGAUUCAAAGAUUCAGAGUUGCAAUUCUGGGGUUAAAUCUGUAAAAAAUCAGGCUCAUUCUGUAUUCAGAAAGAUAUCACAAGAUCAAAAUUUAGUACAGAUUUCCAAACCCUUAACUCAUUCUUUGAGUGAAAAGCCUCACGGUCACCCUGGUUGCUCAAAAGAACCUCAUCAUCCUGCACAAACUGGACAUUUGUUGCAUUCCAGCCAGAAACAGUGCCAUAAGCCCCAGCAGCCGGCUCCAGCAGUGAGAACCAAUAGUCAUGUGAAGGAAGAGCUUGAGCACACAGGUGGUGUAGAACAUUUUAAGGAAGAGGAUAAAUUGAAAUUAAAAAAACCUGAGAAGAACCUACAACCCCGUCAAAGAAGAAGCAGCAAAAGUUUUUCUUUGGAUGAGCCACCGUUGUUCAUUCCAGAUAAUAUAGCUACUGUAAAACGGGAAGGCUCAGAUCAUAGCUCUUCAUUUGAAAGCAAAUAUAUCUGGACUCCCAGCAAGCAGUGUGGGUUUUGCAAAAAACCACAUGGCAACAGGUUUAUGGUUGGCUGUGGGAGAUGUGAUGACUGGUUUCAUGGUGAUUGUGUUGGGUUAAGUCUUUCUCAAGCACAGCAAAUGGGAGAGGAAGACAAAGAAUAUGUGUGUGUGAAAUGUUGUGCCGAAGAAGAUAAAAAGACUGAAAUAGUAGAUCCAGAUAUUUUGGGAAACCAGGCUAAAGUUGAAGUCCAUAGUGAAGAUAAAGCAAUGGAAUAUGAAAAGCUUGGGUUAUCAAAGCACACUACAACAAAUGACAAAACCAAAUAUAUAGAUGAUACAGUGAAGCACAAGGUCAAAAUUUUGAAACGGGAGUCUGGUGAAGGCAAAAACUCAUCAGACUGUAGGGAUAGUGAAAUAAAAAAAUGGCAGCUAGCUCCUCUUCGAAAGAUGGGACAACCAGUUUUACCUCGGAGAUCCUCAGAAGAAAAAAGUGAAAAAAUAACAAAAGAGUCUACAGCUGUUACUUGCACAGGAGAAAAAGCUUCAAAACCAGGUGCUCAUGAGAAGCAAGAGACAAAGAAGAAGAAAACCGAAAAGGGCCCCCCUGGUGCACAUCCUCCGGCGGCUCUUGCCUCCAAGCCUUCCACAGACCAGAUCCGACAGAGCGUCCGGCAUUCUCUCAAAGAUAUUCUUAUGAAAAGACUUACAGACUCAAAUUUGAAGGUACCAGAGGAAAAGGCAGCAAAAGUUGCCACAAAAAUUGAAAAAGAGCUUUUCUCUUUUUUUCGGGACACAGAUGCUAAAUAUAAGAACAAAUAUAGAAGUUUGAUGUUCAAUCUGAAAGAUCCUAAAAACAAUAUAUUAUUUAAGAAAGUGCUAAAAGGAGAAGUAACCCCUGAUCACCUUAUAAGAAUGAGUCCAGAAGAACUAGCUUCUAAAGAGUUAGCUGCUUGGAGACGAAGAGAAAAUAGACAUACCAUAGAGAUGAUUGAGAAAGAACAGAGAGAAGUGGAAAGACGACCAAUCACCAAGAUAACUCAUAAAGGUGAGAUAGAAAUUGAGAGUGAUGCUCCAAUGAAAGAACAGGAAGCAGCCAUGGAGAUUCAGGAACCUACAGCUAAUAAGUCAAUGGAGAAGACAGAAGGAUCUGACAAACAGAAAGAAGAGAUUGACUCCUUAUCUAAAGAUACCACUAAUCAACACAGACAACAUCUUUUUGAUCUUAACUGCAAAAUUUGCAUAGGUCGAAUGGCACCGCCUGUAGAUGAUCUUUCUCCAAAAAAAGUGAAAGUUGUUGUUGGAGUAUCUCGUAAACAUUCAGACAAUGAAGCAGAAAGUAUAGCAGAUGCUUUGUCUUCAACCUCAAAUAUUUUGGCCUCUGAAUUCUUUGAAGAGGAGAAACAAGAGUCUCCAAAGUCAACAUUCUCUUCUGCUCCACGUCCAGAGAUGCCUGGAACUGUUGAAGUUGAGUCUACCUUCCUGGCUCGAUUGAACUUCAUCUGGAAAGGUUUUAUCAACAUGCCAUCUGUAGCAAAAUUUGUUACCAAAGCCUACCCAGUGUCUGGUUCCCCUGAGUACUUGACAGAGGAUCUACCAGAUAGUAUUCAAGUCGGUGGUAGAAUAUCACCUCAGACAGUUUGGGAUUAUGUGGAAAAAAUUAAAGCCUCAGGAACCAAGGAAAUUUGUGUGGUUCGCUUCACACCUGUGACUGAAGAAGAUCAAAUUUCUUACACUUUGCUGUUUGCAUACUUCAGCAGCAGGAAGCGCUAUGGAGUGGCCGCUAACAACAUGAAGCAGGUUAAAGACAUGUACCUAAUCCCUCUGGGUGCCGCGGAUAAAAUCCCACACCCUCUUGUGCCCUUUGAUGGACCUGGCCUUGAACUGCACAGACCUAAUCUAUUGCUGGGCUUAAUUAUUCGUCAGAAACUGAAACGACAGCACGGUGCCACUGCUGGUGCUGGUCACACAGCUGAGAUGCCUGAAAGUGUACCAGUAACACUGCCGCCUGAUAAAAAAAGUAAGGUAGAAGUUUCCACAGAGGAAGCAGCAGAAGAAGAAAAUGACUUUUUUAAUUCUUUUACAACUGUGUUGCACAAGCAAAGAAAUAAGCCUCAGCAGACUCUUCAGGAAGACCCUCCAACGGUCAUUGAACCUUUAGUGGAAGUCACCAAACAGGAGCCACCAAAACCUUUAAGAUUCCUUCCUGGGGUCUUGAUUGGCUGGGAAAAUCAACCUUCUACUCUGGAAUUGGCAAAUAAACCUCUUCCUGUAGAUGAUAUCCUUCAGAGCCUUUUGGGCACUACUGCUCAAGCAUAUGAACAGGCUCAGUCAGGGACAGAACAAAACACUCUUAAAGAAAUUCCAUUUAUAAAUGAGCAAGCCGACCUGAAAGCAGAGAAGAUAGAUACAGUGGAAGCAACUGAUGGUGAAGCCAAGGAAGUGAAGGUUAAAGGAGAUAAGCCUUCAGAGUCGGCAGGUAGUUCAGUAGGAGAAGAGGCGUCCGGAAUGGGGGCCUCUUCUGUUUCUGCUGGGCCUUUGACAAGUCUUAGUCUCAGAGGUAAACCACCAGAUGUUUCUACAGAAGCAUUCCUAACAAAUUUAUCGAUGCAGUCAAAACAAGAGGAGACUGUGGAGAGUAAAGAGAGAGCACUAAAAAGACAGCUGCUACAAGAUCAAGAGAAUAACUUGCAAGAUAAUUGGACUUCAAAUACUAGUUCUCCGUGCAGGUCUAAUGUAGGAAAAGGAAACGUAGAUGGUAACGUGAGUUGCAGUGAAAACCUUGCUGCUAAUACGACACGGGCCCCGCAGUUUAUCAACCUGAAAAGGGACCCUAGGCAGGCAGCAGGGCGGAGUCAGCAGGCGUCCGCUCCAGAAAGCAGGGACGGAGAUAUCUGCCGGCAUGGAGAGAAGCAGCCCCCGCCCGGCCUAUCGCACAGGGAGCAGUUAACCGAACAAAGCAGUGUUGAGGACAAGUUGCCUUCUGUAGAGAGAAACUCAUGUAUUCAGCAGAGUGAUGAUUCUGGGGCUGUACAGAACUCGCCAUCAGCAGAAAACAUACGCACCUCUCCAACGGAACAAGCAAAACCCUUACAGGAGGAGAUUCUAAUGCAAAAUAUUGAAACCGUGCAGCCAUUUCGAAGAGGAUCCGUGGCAGCAGCGUCGCAUUUUGAGGCUGGAAACACACGUCGAUCUGAACUUCCUGCUAAGAGCGUCAGCUUCCCCUCCAGAAGCGCCAGCCCCAGAGCAAGUGCAAACUGUUCACCCGUAAGGCCACAGCAGCCCAGCCUUCAGCAUCUCAAGUGUAGCCCGCCUGGAUUUCCAUUUCCGGGGCCUCCACAUUUCCCCCCACAAAGCAUGUUUGCAUUCCCGCCACAUCUGCCACCCCCGUUGCUUCCCCCUCCGGGCUUUGGCUUUGCUCAGAACCCCAUGGUUCCCUGGCCACCUGUCGUGCAUCUGACAGGCCAACCGCAACGUAUGAUGGGUCCCCUCUCGCAAGCGUCACGGUAUCUAGGCCCGCAAAAUUUUUACCAGAUUAAAGACGUUCGGAGGCCAGAAAGGCGCCAUAGUGACCCUUGGGGUAGGCAAGACCAACAGCAACUGGAUAGACCGUUUAACAGGGGUAAGGGGGAUCGUCAGAGAUUUUACAGUGAUUCACACCACCUGAAAAGAGAGCGCCAUGAGAAGGGGUGGGAGCAGGAAUCCGAAAGGCACAGGCGCAGAGACAGAGCCCAGGACAAGGACAGAGACAGGAAGAGCAGGGAGGAAGGGCACAAGGGUCAGGAGAGGGCACGGCCGCCGCACGGGGAGCGAGGAGUGGACGGAAGAGCGAGCAGAGACAGCAGGGCUGUAGACAGGAAGGCAGACACGCCCAAGGGUGAAGACCAGGAGAAGGACAGAGAGCGGGAGAAGAGUAAGCAUAGAGAAGGCGAGAAGGACCGAGACAGGCACCACAGAGACAGGGACCACGGCGACAGAGCCAAAGGCAAAAGGUGAAGCCGGCAGGCUGCUGCAGGGGUACAUUGAAAUAGCUGUUAAACGUUGUGUCUUUAAACCUUUGUAUGAUUGCCUGCUAGGGUCGUGCCCCCUUUUGCAUUUUUAAUAUUGGUGGUUUGCAGGACAGUAAUUCUGUGUGUUGGUGCAGAGCGCCCCGGGCCACUGCUCUUCAUCCCUUCUUCACGCCAACCACCCCCCCUAGUUCUAGGAAUUUAAUGUUUUUAAAAGUUUUACAUUGCUGUAUAUUCAAAGAUUUGUUUUAUUAAUAUGCAAUAAAGGCUUAGAAAUUUUAGUUUUAUUCCUUAAUUGGUAAAUAUGGUUAAUCAUGGAAUAUAUUUACUGCCUCUAGUGAAUGUCCUUUAUAUAAUGACUAAUUUGAGAGUAACGUGUACUCUGUAAGUUUGUUUUAAAUUGCACUGUUUUAAAAGAAACUGUAGAGGAGCAACAAAAAGCCAAGCAACUUGGUAAUUGGAUUAUAUUAAUCAUUUAGUCGAGCAGUUUUUGACCAAGAAUCAGAAACCCAAGGAGUACAUUUAUUGCUUUAGUCUGCACUCAUUGAAGGCGUUUGUUACCGUACUACAGCUUUGUGGUAGUCCAUUGUUUUCCUUUUCCUUUUUGGCUCUUCAGAAACUUGAAUACUUAAGCUUGUACAUGAUCUUGUGUUUUGCUAUCCUUUUUACUGUACAAUGUAAAUAUUUUAAGGGAUAUUUUGAUUCUAAAUAUGAUAAAAGAAUUUCUCACCUAUUUUGUGUGUGUGAUUUGAAAUUCAGUAGUAAAAGAAUUUCUUCUUUGAGGCUUUACAUACCUUCAGACAUUGUUCUUCUCUUACUCAGCCAAGAGCAUAUAGGCUAAGAUGAGGAGAAAAACGAUUUCUUUAUCUUCGAUUAUAGGCUAUUGAGAUAAAUCGUGUAGUUCUGAAGAGGCUAGAAUUUGAAACUGCCACUGAAAAACUGUGCAGCUAUAACCCACUUUGUAGGUAUGUUUCUGAAAAUUGGUACACCGUCAGAGUUUGGUACACUGACUAAUCAUUGUAAGACCACAAAUUUUAUUUAAGAGAAACGUAUUGUGAAUCUUUCUGUAAAACGUGUAAUUAACUGUAAUUUGUUUGGGGGGUAAAUAACUACAGUGUCAUAUGCUCGUUUUUCUUGAAAGCACAGGGAGGCUGUUGCUAAUCCAAACCUAAAUUUAUUUACACCCUUAACUACAUAUACUGUAUUGAUUGCUAUAAUUUAAAGCAGUGGCUACCAAAUGAUACUAACACUUGAGACCAAAAGGAGGGAAAGAAAAGCCAGUAUUUUAACUUAACCUGUAUUAAUGAAGAAAAAUAUACAUGACUUCACAAAAUUAAGAAGAUAAAGUUUGUUUUCCUAAAAAGUCUACAGAUUAGAGUUAAAAAUGGGUUUUGAAACUGAUUCAGCCUUGCUGUUUUUACUGGAGAGAAAAUGAGUGGAAAUUCAAAACCAAACCAUUUUGUCUAACUUGCAGCAACUUGAGACCCCCCCUUUUUUUUUUGUCAUCCAUAUCCUCUGAAAUUUAUCAUCAUAUAUGUUCUAAAACAGAGGACUUGUAUUCAAAUAAAGUUUUUUAAAAAAUUUGCUCUACUUUUCUUUUGCGAGCUGACUUGUUAGAAAACAAGUCAGUCUGCCAACAAAAAAACCUAAGGUCAGUCAGCUUUUGCACCAUUAUUAAGAAAUUGUUCUCAAGGUUUUACCAAAAAAAGUCCCCAAACCAAAAUAAAAAUUAGCUUUUUUAUUUUCAAAUGCAGUAAUCCCUUGGUAUCCUUUGGGGCACUGGUUCCAGGAACUCCCCACCUGGACCAAAAUCCGCAGAUGCUCAAGUCCCUUAUAUAAAAGGGCAUAGUAUUUGCAUAUAGCCUACACACAUCCUCUUGUAUGCUUUAAAUCAUCUCUAGAUUACUUGCAAUUUUAUAAACCUAAUACAAUGUAUAUGAGAUGUAAAUAGUUGUAAAUGUGAUGCAAAUGAUAUGUAAAUAGUUGCCGGUGCACAGUAAAUUCAAGUUUUGCUUUUUGGAACUUUCUGAAAUUUUUUUCUCCUAUCUGGUGGUUGAAUUCAAGGAUGUAGAACCCACAGACACGGAGGGUCAACUGUAUGUAUGUCAGUAAAUCUGCUUUCACUGAUCUAUCUGGUCGAGGGUUGAUGAGACAGCAGAUUUCUUUUGCAAGGUACAAGAAGAAUGGAUUAACCAACUGAAGAAAGCCUUUAAGUCAGUUUUUGAUUACCUCUUAGCCAAUAGUUUUUUAUACAUAUUGUUGGGAAAUUUAAAAUUCUUUCUUCAUAUCUCGUAGAAUCACGGUAGAUCCCAUAGAGCCCUCUGUUAGUAAUGACCGUCUGGUACUACAAGGCUGCUAAAUGCUGGAACCAGGCUUCCUAACCGCUGGGACUGAAAUAUUGUGGAGAGUAGGUAUGGACAUAUUGAGUAUUUUGAGGCUUUUAACUUGUGAGGAAAGAAAGAGAAAAAGAGAAAAGUUCUCAAAUGAGUAGUAGUAGCUCCAAAGCCAUUCUCAUUCUUUCAGUUUCACCUACCAACCAUCCUUACACAAACUAAUAGUUAUAUGAAGGUCAUCUUUUAGUUUCUCCUGUUUUAAGAAAAGCUUGCUCUUUAAAAACAGUUUGAUGUUUUCAAAUAUUUAGAACCAUCUUAAGACAGUUUAUACACACCUGUUAAGUAAAAUGUACCAGGGUGUCUCAGUACUUACCAAGUCCGCCCCUUGUAAUCCUUUUGUCGGUAAGAAAGCCUCCAUGAACACUCCGUACGUCAGACCUCAUGUUGAGCGCUUUAUGUGAACCUCGGUCAGCCUGCAAGGUGACGACUCACCUUAGAGCUGAGGCAACUGGGACUUAGAAAAGUUGGAAAACUCAUCCAAGGUUAGACUGCUGUUGUCAGAGCUGGAAUCCUAGCUCAGUUCUACUUUUCUCCAAAGUCUGAAUGUGUGGUGGUUGUGCUCUCAGAAUGGAGAAUGGGAGAGGGACAGAAGCCUGAUGAUUACACACACCUUUCACAGCCCUUUUUCUGUCACCAUCACACCAACCUGUCUGAAACGCCACUGGGCCACCCGUUCCUCAGAGUGAGCAAAAAGACAUAACCAAAAGUCUGGGUUCUCCUGUACAGAUUUGCAAAGUUUAUAUUCAUUUCAAAUCCUAAUUCUCCAGUCCUCUUUUAUUAGUUUUCUAUUGCUGCUGUAACAAAUUAUUACAAAUUUAGUGGCUUGAAAUCACACAGAUUUAUCUUACGCUUCUGUGGAUCAAAGUCUGAUGGGGAUCUCAGUGUUGUCGGAGGGUGCGUUCCUUUUCUGGAGGCUCUGGGAAGAACCCAUUUCUGUGCGUUUUCCAUCUUCUGGAGGCCACCCACCUUCCAUGCCUCAUGGCCCCUUCCUCCAUCUUCAGAGUCAGCAACAUGGGGCUGAGUCUUUCUGCCAUCUCUGACCCUCCCUUCUGAUUUCCUCUUCCACUUCUAAGGACCCUUGUGAGCACGGUGGACCCACAGAGAUAAUCCAGGAUAAACUUUUUUUUUUUUUUAUUUUGCGGUACGGGGCCCUCUCACUGUUGUGGCCCCUCCUGUUGCGGAGCACAGGCUCCAGACGCGCAGGCUCAGCGGCCAUGGCUCAUGGGCCCAGCCACUCCGCGGCGUGUGGGGUCUUCCCGGACCGGGGCACGAGCCCGUGUCUCAACCACUGCGCCACCAGGGAAGCCCAGGAUAAACUUAUUUUAAGGUCCACUGAUUAGCAACCUAAAUUCCAUCUGUGACCUUAAUUCCCCUUUUCCUGUGUAACCUAGCAUAUUUACAGUUUCCAGGGAUUGAGAUGUACAACCUUGAGGGUCAUUAUUUACCAUAUCUCUUGACUUGCUAAUUGUAGCUUAAAUUGUAGGUGAACCAAAUCCUAGUUACAAGUGUUUUGGAGUUAUGAAGCAUCUAAGGCCAUAGUAAAUGUUUAAAAGUUAAGAAACAUAAUAGCAACAAUAGGAAAGUGGAGUGACAAGUUAAGCCACUUGGAUAUUAUUAACAUGUUUAUGUAUGUGCGAUAACAAAACCACUUGUCAGCUGGUGAAUUUGCAUACAGCUGUUCUCAGUUUUUUUUGAUAGCGGCUGUGUAUAAAUCAAGUUUAAGUGCAUUGUGAGAGCUUGCUGGUGAACAGGAUCUUAUUAAAGCAAAUAGUUUAAAUGUUUGAA